AUGGAACGAGUGAUUGUUGUUGGCGCUGGACCAGUGGGCUUGAUGACUGCGCUAAAACUCGCGACUGUUGGUAUCGCCGUGGACGUGAUUGAGAAGAACGCAGAACUCAGUCGCCAGCCGCGCGCGGCUGGAUACCAUGGUGCCGCUUUGGCUGCUCUCAAAAGGACCCCUGUUUACAAAGAGGCAGCCAAGCUUGGGUUCUCUGGGAACGGGAUCUGCUGGAGAAAGCCUUUGGUUGAGGAUGGCGAAGGAGGGAUGAAGAUGGGCGACAUUAUCGCGUCCUUGCCGUUUGCAAGCAAUGAGGAAACACGAGAUGAUCACGGAAUGGGCAUCCUUUACCUGCCUCAGUCUCAGCUUACGGAGCUGCUCUAUAAAGCUGCUCUUCAGACUGGUCUGGUCAAGGUUAGUUUCAAUCGCGAGCUCUCUGAGAUCCACCAAGGCGAGAGCUCGGUCACUGCAGUUGUCCGGAAUCUUGAUGGAGGGUUAGAGAAAUUCAAGGGUAUCUUUCUUGUCGGUGCCGAUGGAGGAAAGUCCGCGACCCGGAAAAUCCUUAACAUUCACUUCAAAGGCCAUUCUUGGCCGGAGCGGCUUAUAGCAGUCGAUGCCCUUCUAGAAGAUAAGCAUUUAGACCCUGUUUUCCCCACGUCAAUGGUGAUCCAUCCAGUCCACUUCGGACUUAUCACACCUCUGGAGCCGGUUCAACCCGGGAAGAAGACCUCGUACAGGUGCACUAUUGCGGUUGAUCCAAAUGAUAAGCGGACGGAUGCCGAGUUAGUGUCUGAGGAGAAUCUCAUGACGUUCCUGGAUGUUUUAGCCCCCGGGCCGAGACCGCUUGACGUGAAAAUUCUGAACUCUUCAGCAUAUCGGACGCAUCAGCUUUGCGCGUUUACUAUGAGGAAGGGAAGAUGUCUUCUUGCUGGCGAUGCAGCCCACUUGAACAAUCCAUUCGGUGCUUUGGGCCUGACAACUGGGUUGUUGGAUGCCGAUGCUGCGGCGGACACGCUUGAUUUAAUUAUUAACCAAAAGAAACCCAUGGAUCUCCUGGAUCUCUAUUCUGAUGAGCGGAGAAGGGCUUUCCAGACCUUUGUGGACCCUUUGAGUACACAGAAUAAAUUGAGGUGUGCGAAUGACCCGGAGACUGCUAUAGAUGAUUGGUUUCUCCGUGCAUUGAUUAACAAAACCCCCGAAAUUAUGGAGGCUUUUAGUCGACCAUUUUUUGAUGUUUGGCCCACUGAUAUGAGGAAAUUGACUGCAUCUAAAGGGCUUUAG